CAAAUAUUAUACGCGCCCUCUUCGAAAAAAAUAAGCUUGAGCACGAAUUGGGCUGUGUUUCUACGAUAUUCUUAUUUCAAAAGAUUUAUAAAAUUAGUAUAUUGACCUUCAUGCAAUUCGAAACAAUGUUUCUACACACCUUUACUUUAAUUUUAAAUUUUACUCGCACCGCAUUGCGAAUCUCUGGAACAGAAAAAAAAACAGCCAAUCUCUGCGAAUUACAAAGCAAAAAGGAAUCUAAAAAAUAGACGCCGCCAUAUUCGUUCGGUUUUACAGCACUAUUUUUCUCAACACUGUAAGCAUGGGCUCAGUGGACAUCAAGAAAUACCGUGGGAAAUGCUGCAUUCCAGAUUUCGAAGACUUGCUUCCCAACCGCAAGUAUCGCUGCAAUAGGUGCGACAAACGACCACCAGUGUUCAAUGGGCUGGAUCGGUACAAUCGCCAUUUGAGGAAAUUUCACAAAAUAGAAGUUAAAGAAGCUGAUUGUUUUCAUUGUCCCUUGGAGGAGUGUCAGUACCAUAAACAUAGGCUGAAUGUUGCCCCUAUGACAAAGCUGCACAUGUUGCGUCGACACUACCAGGAGCGCCACUUGCCGAAGAAGUACAAAUGCACGCAUUGCUGCCGAAGGUUCGUUCUGGAGGAUCAGUUGUUGAAACACAAAUGUAGACGUGUUGCGAACCACUAUGAAAAUCAACAUGUGGAGAUCGAUGUGGAGAGUAUGGAUGAUAAGAAUAGUAAUGCGAGUAGUGCCGAAGAAACACUAGAGCUACCGCAGGAAAGCAUGGACACCGAACAAGAUAGAGGUCAACGGGUGGAGCUCCCCGCUGCGAAGAGUAUUUGCCCCCACUGCGAUAGGACACUCCAUAAAAAGUCCUUGAAGCGACAUUUAUUGGGGUGCUCUGCCGAGAAACAAUGUGAAAAAUGUAGUAGGAAGUAUAAGCACAGUCACAACUGCAAGGAGUAUUUCUGCAAUUUGUGCAGCCGUACAUUCUUUCGCAAGUCAGACCUGGCCAAGCACAUCACUACUUUGGCCCGUAACCGCUCGUCAAUCUCAGAAUACAUGGAUUUUAUUGAGGAUUUCGAGCAACUGAUUCACAGAAUAGAAUCUAAAGAAGUCCAGGACGAAGCGCUGAUCAAAACGAUAGCCGACAUUCUCCUCUAUAGUCAUGAGCGCGAACGACUUUAAUAUUUUCAUAUGUAACGAUCUUAAAAUAAAAUUUGUUCAUUUUCCAUCACUGAUCACUCAGGGUUGCUUUGCGCGCCACUCAGAUCAGAUUGAGCGGUUUUGUUUACUUUCUUCUACAAUCGCCUACAGAAUUGGAUUAGGUUAGAAAGAAGAGCUCACCUCGUAUCCCCACUAUCUGCAGAAUGUCGGAGAGCGCGAGCCAAGACGCAGGGGAGCCCAAACCCCCUGCAAUGCACAUCGAUCGGUACUUCACAAACCUACGCUGGUCUAUGGACAACAACAAGAAGUCGUCUGCGGAUAUUGAUUUCAGCAUGAACGGCGGACUUCUGGAAUUUUUAAAGUCUAAAUCAAAUGAAGGAGGGGCCGAGACGCCAGAUGCACAGCCCUUGACAUCGCCUGCGGAGAACUCGACACCACCACCAACAGAUCCUCCUCCCUGGAUGAAGUGCUGCGGUCGCAAUUUUAAGAGUUCCAUAUUCUCGCUCCAGCCUGCAGAGCAGCCCAAGCGUCGUAGCUUUAGCCGCAUUCCGUCACGUGCCCCAAAUGGACAUUUGAAUUCCAACUCGUUAGAUUAAUAGUACGCGGGAAGCCUUCGUAUGAUUUUUAUUGACACUGAUGGAGAAUCAAAAUAUAAAAAAUAAAGCCUUUACAUGAUUCUUGGACCAUAUCUUAAAAA